GAAGCUACUGAGGAGAGUCAUCUCAGUGACUGACUCACCUUUCACUCUGAUUGGCUCCAGUCAGCAGGAAAGGACAAGGAAGCCUGUUAGCAAACUCUUCUGGGUGGCCAACACUCCCCCCCUUUCAUUAUGAUUCAGUAGGAUGCUGAAGACGUAGGGACCCUGCUUUGAGACCCUGCUCCUAAUAAAGGAAGGGUUCUAAGACCCCCCGAGGCCCCCGACAACUACACCCCUGGUUACAUACUAAAUGUAACUUUAAUUCUGCAAAUAACAAAAGACUUGUGUUCAGAGGCGAGACUAACGUAUUUGUGCGAUGGGUCCUUAAAAGCGAAAGCUCCCUAGAGCAGACGCAAUCCAGCACCUUCAGCUAUCCUUUUCAUAUGUCCAAUUCUGCAUCAUUAGGCUCUUAGUAAAGGCUGUUCCGGGAAAGGUGAGGGCUGGAGUGAAACCGUUCUCCCGUAAUUUUUUCGGUGAUGGGGCAAGAGCAGCACGGAACGAAGUCCUUAAGAGCGCCGCAGGGCAGGCUGAACUCAGAUAGGGAGGAGCUGAGCGUCUGGAUUGGGCGAGGCCUUCGUCUAUCCCCGCCUCGUUCUUGCCGCUCUCGCCCAAGCUGGUGGGAGCGGCUGUCAUUCUCUCUCCUGCGCUGUCAGCUCCUACCUGGGAAGGCUCGGCUGCGGUGCUGCCACAAUGCAUCUCUGCAGGGUCGCCUGGCAGACUUUAGCCUCUCGCCUCACGCGGGCUGCUCCUUUCCUUCGCGGACACGUACCUUUCCGCCCGAUGUCAUCUGGAAGUGUUACUGGAUCUUCUGGGCAAAAAUUUAUUUACUAUCUGAUUGUAAUUGGUGCUGCUGGUGGAGGAGGCUUAUAUGCCUACAAAACAGUUACUUCUGACAAUGCCAGGUACAAAAAACGUCUUGAUAAUAUGCAACAAAGAUCUACAGCAGAGUGGAAACCAAAAUCCUGGCCUCCGCAGUCCACUUGUACCUUCAAAUCUGCUCUGAAGGAUCCUCUGAACCCUCCAGGACAGAUUUUGGAGGCUGCAGGAUGGAGAGGGAAAACUGUUCCACCAACUGUUUGUUGCCUGGCAAAUGGACACCACUGUAAUGCACCCAACAUGAGUACCUACUUUUAUUUUUCCCUACCUAGAUAAAAAAAUUCAAAAUGAAUUUUUAAAAAUACUGCAUUUUCCUUCUGUUUUACAAUUUAUUAAAUAAUAUGUUUGGGUUUGGUAAAAUAUUAAUUCCAAUGUUACAUGUUAUUUAUCUCUUUUGUGUCUCUCUGCCUUCUUUUCAUGAGAAGAGUGCUGGAUAUUAGAUAUUCCCCCUUACCUUUUCUGAGCCCCUUAUUACCUUACUUCCAACUAAAUUUUAUGUUUAAAUUAUCUGAAAGAUGAAACGUUCAGAAAAGUAUUAGAUUUCCCUUGAGUUUUUACAUGAUGGCUUUCAAAUUUACCUGCAAUUUAGAAAACCCACUAGAACUUAAUGAUAACUUUUAUUCUAUAUUUAUUGUUUUUAAACAAAAUUAGGCAAAACGUCUAACCACUCAACAAAAUAUUUUAGGCUACUUCACAUCACAACUUUUGAGCUAUAAACCUAUAAUGUUUUAAGUGUACACUUAGAAAUGUAAAAUGUCAAAUACUUUUCAGGACUGGCUGCAGACUAUAGUUUCCUGUCAAAUAUACAUUCAGUGGCGAAUCUUUGUUGUCAUGAAGCAUGUAAAACAGCUCUUUGAUGAUGAGCUGAAAAGAAAAAAUGCUAAUAGAAAUUACCUGCAAAAUUCCAGUAUGGUAUUUAUAGUAUAUAACUUUCUAGUUUUCAG